UCCCCUUCUUUAAAAGCAUUCAAGCAUCCAAGAAUGCAGGAGAGAUGUGAUCCUGCAGACUGAGGUCUCAGGUUCACUUUGUGUAACUGUAGAAUAUAAUUCCUGGGUUUAAUUCAGUUUUAACGGAGCAUCAUUUGGAAAAUUUACCUUGUAUCUGUUCUACAAAGGAGUACACCAUUUUCCAAGAAAUAAGUACUGAAGGAAAGAGUUGUUGUUUAAGUAGAGCAAUAAAGACAAGUAGUUAAAUUUCUCUUUGGGAAGAAUCCAUAACAUAUGCAUUCGGAAAUUUGGAGGGGGGACUGGUUCAUUUUAUCAUGAUGUAAUGAUUUUUCAGUAUUUAUAAUCAGAUCAUAGUGAUUAAUUAACUGUACGUUUACCCUUUCUAGAAUUAAAGUGAUAACAAGAGGCAAACAUCAAAGUUCUGUUAACUUCAUCUUCCCAAAUCUGACAAAUUACCAAACGAUGUAAGCAGGUUUCUGCCAUGGGUGACAGGGGAAUAAGCAAUCACUCAGAAGUGAAUGACUUCAUUCUUGUAGGCUUCAAGGUCCGCCCAGAGCUCCACAUUCUCCUCUUCCUGCUAUUUCUGUUUGUAUAUGCCAUGGUCCUUCUAGGGAAUGUUGGGAUGAUGGCCAUUAUUUUGACUGAUCCCAGGCUGAACACACCAAUGUAUUUCUUCCUAGGCAACCUCUCCUUCAUUGAUCUCUUCUAUUCCUCUGUUAUUGCACCCAAGGCCAUGAUCAACUUCUGGUCUAAGAGAAAGUCCAUCUCCUUUUCAGGUUGUGUGGCCCAGCUCUUUCUCUUUGCCUUAUUUAUUGUGACUGAGGGAUUUCUCCUGGCAGCUAUGGCUUAUGACCGCUUCAUUGCCAUCUGCAACCCACUUUUGUACUCUGUUCAGAUGUCAACACGUCUCUGCACUCAGUUGGUGGUUGGUUCCUAUUUUUGUGGCUGUAUCGCCUCAGUUCUUCAGACCAGCAUGACAUUUACUUUAUCCUUUUGUUCUUCUCGGACCAUUGACCACUUUUACUGUGAUGUUCGCCCACUUCAGAGACUAUCUUGUUCUGACCUCUUUGUUUAUAAAAUGAUUUCUUUCUUCUUAUCCAGCAUUAUUAUCUUGCCUACCAUGAUAGUUAUUAUUGUUUCUUAUAUGUAUAUUGUGUCCACAGUUCUAAAGAUACACUCCACUGAGGGACGUAAGAAAGCCUUUUCUACUUGCAGCUCUCACCUUGGAGUCGUGAGUGUACUGUAUGGUGCUGUCUUUUUUAUGUAUCUCACUCCUGACAGAUUCCCUGAGCUGAGUAAAGUGGCCUCCUUAUGUUACACCCUAGUCACUCCCAUGUUGAAUCCUUUGAUUUACUCUCUGAGAAACAAAGAUGUCAAGGAAGCUCUAAAAAAAAUUCUAGAGAAGAAAAAUACUAUUCUUUGAUUAUUAUUUCUCUCACCAAAGGUGCUGUGGCUGUUUAUUUCAUACUCCUUGUGGCCAUUAAUGAAAGUUAUUCUCCUGAAUAUCAUAACAAUGUCCUCUGAAGCUUUUACAACAGAGUGUACUCUUCCCAUUAUUACAUCUUUCUUUUCUCUUGAAACAUUUUUAAUUUUGAACAUCCUGAAUAUUGGACAUGUCCUUGAUAUAAGAGAAGCAUUCUUCAAGAUGAACCCCCACCCUACUGAUUUUGAAUAACAUUUAUUUUCACAAAAUUGAUUUUUAUUUAAUUUUAUGGCAUACUGCUGGACAGUCUUCAUAUUUUAUUGUAGUGUUUAAACAAUAUUUUGUCUGGUGUUUGUCUUUGGAAUUGCUCCUCCACUUAUACAUAAUCAUUUAUAACUGGCAAUAAUGCCCCUCUUAUGUUUUUAAAUAAGUAUUUCCCAAUUUUAUAACUAGUUUUUUGUUAUAUUGAAUAGUUAUUGAAUUUUCACUUUGAAUCAAGUAUUUUGUGUGUGUUACGUUGAGAGGAAAGAGUAAUAAGAAGAAGCAAACAAUAAGUAAUCUUCACUAUACACAUUAACUUGGGAAAUUAUACAUUGAGUGUGUCAGGUAUUGUGGAGUGUUCUGAGGCACGCUAACUGCUGAAUUCUAAUAUAAAAGACCAAAGUGGGAGAUAGAGAUAUACAAACACUUUGAGUAAUCAUUCCCUCAAUUUGGAUCUUCAUAAUGUUCCCUGUGUUAAUUAUUGUUAGGAAUAUUUAAUAAUGUUAUAGAAGCAAGGCAGUCAUCAAAAUAGAAUAUGAUUGAAAUUUACUCAUCUAUGUCAUUGAAUAUUUACUUGAUUAAUUUUAUUGACUACCUAUGUAAUAUGUUCUUGUCUUGUAGUAAGGCUCAGGUAUAAAAAACUUUAUUUUUUCAAGGAGUUUACAAUUUAUUGUGAGAGUCACAUCUUGGGACAGACAAUUAAAAUCCAGAAAUGUGUAUGCCAAAGAUAAACAUAGAGAUUGCAAGGUGGGGUGCUUGAGAGCAAGUGGUUGGUAAUCAAGGAAAGUCUUUAGGACUAUGUGAAAGAUAUAUUUAAAAGGGGAUGAUAUUUGAGUUGGGAAAACUGCUGUAUCACUUUAUAUUAGUGAUGUGUGCUUGAACUAUGUCAAUGUAGAUGAAAAAGGACUGAAUUGAAAAAUUGCAGGUAAAAUGCACAGAGUAUAUUAACUGAUUUGUAUGAGGAGAGUAUACUAAAGUAGUAGUGUCUCACCAUUUUUGAACUUGAAUGUGUGUGAUGAUGGCAUGACCAGAUAAAAAGUAAAGGAGCUCUCACCAAACCAGAAAUAUGGAGGAAUUUUCUUAAUUUGACAAAGAGCAUCUACAACAAUCCCAAGAUCAUAUUUUAAAUAGCUAAGAUCAUAUUUAAUUGUUGCAAACUAGAAGCUUCCUUGGUAAGAUUAAGAACAAGGA